AUGACGCAGUCCACCUCCAAGCCGAUGCACCCGGACGACGCCAAGGAGCCGCUCCUCAUGGAGAACAAGCAGCGGUUCGUGCUCUUCCCGAUCAAGCAUCCGCAGGUGUGGGAGAUGUACAAGAAGGCGGAGGCCUCCUUCUGGACGGCCGAGGAGAUCGACCUCGCGCACGACCAGAACGACUGGAACAACAUGACGGCCGACGAGCGGCACUUUGUCUCGCACGUCCUCGCCUUCUUCGCCGCGUCGGACGGGAUCGUGAACGAGAACCUGGUGGAGCGCUUCGCGUCCGAGGUUCAGAUCCCCGAGGCGCGCUGCUUCUACGGCUUCCAGAUCGCCAUGGAGAACAUCCACUCCGAGACCCUGCUCAUCGACCAGUACAUCAAGGACCCCACCGAGAAGGCCAUGCUCUUCAACGCCAUCGAGACCGCCAACUGGGCCGUCCGCUGGAUCUCCGAGUCCAAGUGCUUCGCCGAGCGCCUCAUCGCCUUCGCGGUGGUGGAGGGCAUCUUCUUCUCCGGCUCCUUCUGCUCCAUCUUUUGGCUCAAGAAGCGCGGGCUGAUGCCCGGCCUCACCUUCUCGAACGAGCUCAUCUCGCGCGACGAGGCGCGGCACUCACCCCCCCCCCCCCCACCCACACACACACACACCACCACCACCACCAACACACACACACACACCACCACCACACACACACACACACACACACACACCCACCACCACACACACACACACACACACACACACACACACACACACAGCCAACCCCCUAGGCCCCCAGGCACGCCCACCCCACCGCCCCUCUGCCGCCGCCAGGGGAUGCACUGCGACUUUGCCUGCCUGCUCUACUCGAUGCUCGAGCAGAAGCUGCCGCAGGAGACGGUGCAGGGCAUCGUGAGCGACGCGGUGGCGCACGAGAAGGAGUUCGUGACAGACGCGCUGCCCGUCGCCCUCAUCGGGAUGAACGCGGGCAUGAUGUCUCAGUACAUCGAGUUUGUCGCAGACCGGCUGCUCGUCGCCCUCGGCUGCGACAAGAUGUACAACGUGAGCAACCCGUUCGACUGGAUGGAGCUCAUCUCGCUGCAGGGCAAGACAAACUUCUUCGAGAAGCGCGUCGGCGAGUACCAAAAGUCGGGCGUGAUGGACUCGCUCAAGGAGGACUCGGCCGCCAACGCCUGCUUCUCCGUCGAGGCCGACUUCUAACCGCUGCGGCGCGGCGAGGCCGCCCGCCGUCGCUAGCCUCCACGGUGGCGGCGCGGCCUCCGCUUACGUGUCGCGACCGCAGCCCUAACGCGGGGGGGCGGGGGCGGCUGCGGGCUGCUGCCCCGCCCUCUUCCCGCGCGCGCUAUCCGAACCGCCGCCGCCGCCUCGAGACCCCCCCACUGCUUGGGGCGUGGGGGCCGAGGCGGUGCGCGCUCCGUGGGACACGGCCCACUCUGGCAUGAGAGGAGGGGGCAUCACCUCCGUACGGCAUGCGAACAUGUGCCGCGAGGGCAUUAUAUACAACUCUUUUGUGUCGUCUGUCUUGUGCGGCGAGGCGCUGUGACCCUGACUGCGUGCAAGCCUCGCCGCGGCCCACGCGCCGUAGCUCGUCCUGACUCUGUAAGACUAAAUUAUUCCG